AUGACAGUAACCAUCUCGAUUUUUGAUGAACACGCGUGCCUUCUUGCUAAGGCAUUGAAUGUGUUUUUGGCGUCUCAAAUGGACUUCGGACUGAAUUUGCUUCGUUGGGCCGCGAUAAACGAGUCGUUGGUUCUUUCACCAGCUUCCAUAAUCUUCGCCCUAACAGUAAUUCAAGCCGGUGCUAAUUGUAAAACGAAAGCUCAACUAAACAGUGUUCUAUGUAAAGGAGCAUCCGAUUUGGAGAUCCACCACCAUUAUUCAAAGUUAGCGAUGAAUAUUUCGGAAGCUAGACAUGGAGUUCAGAGCAUGAUAGCAAACGGAUUCUUUAUGGAGUAUGUUCUCGCGAUAUUUGGUUAUUUGAAUCUUCUACCAUCAUCGAAGAAACCUAGCAAACAUUUCACAAUCAUAAACGAGUAUCGAGAACUCAUCGAGAAGAACUACAACGCAAAAGUGGAAGCCUGUGAUUUUCAGUCACCUCACCGAGCAGCUAAGGUAGUUUAUAUGAGAAUUAGAGAAGCACAAAGACUCUAUGCUGAAAACGAGGACAUGAAGGUUUUGUCACUGCAAUAUAAGGACGCCAACUAUGCGUUCAGCAUUUUAUUACCCAAGAAAAGAUUCGGCCUUGAUGCGCUCCGUAACAAACUGAGCGGGGAAAAAAUUCUGAAGAUCCUUGCUGAAUUGAAGCUGGCCAAUGUAUCGAUUGAGUCGAAUUUCAUGUUAAAGCCAGCGCUGAUCUCAAUGAAUGUCACAGAAAUUUUUACCAAAAAUGCCGAUCUUACCGGUACCGUGAGGCCGCCUCAUCUAUACAUUUCGGAUGCUAAUCACAGAGCAAUCAUUGAGAUGGACGAGGAAUCAACCACAGCAGCAGCUGCGACUAACAGCAAGGUGUCAUACAAAAGCCUUAAAUCUGAACUUAAAGCGUUCCUCGCCAAUCAUCCAUUCAUCUUUGUCGUCACAAUGUCAUCCCACCCACUUUUCAUGGGACAAUUCACAUGA